CACAGUCUCACACAUAACAUCUUUAAUACUUUAUGCCUUCUUAGAAGACACUUUACACCAUACUUGUUUGCUAUAAAUACAUACACAGACACAUAUAUAGUAAUUUUGAAUUUAAGAACCAGCUAAAGGGCCCUCCUCAACAAUGGCCUCCUACUACGGAAGAAGAAGCUCAACAACCACAUCAAUCUUAGAAGGGUUCACUCUGUCACCGCUGCCGUACCCUGUUCUCCUCAUUCUAGCAGUUGCUUUCAUCUUUCUUGGUACAUCCUGGUACUUUUCUUACGAGGAAGCCGUCGAAACCGCCGAAGAACAAAUCAAUUGGGUUCUCUUUGUAGUCCCAAUUAUUAUUUUGCUCAUCGUUCGUUGGCUCUCAUCUAUGGAAAACCCAGAUGCUCUUUUUGCCAUCUCACCCUGGGACCGUCGCCGGAGAACCCACCACGUACCGUCGGAGGGUAGCUCGCCCUGGGGCGUGGCUGCUCUCAUCCUUCUCUUACUGGUUCUGCUUCAGUUCCACUCUGUCUUUCGUGAUAGUUGGUUAAUAUAAUAUAUAUAUAGGUAAUUUCUUAUAUAAUUUAUUAGAAGAAGAGUGUUAGUUUGUUCAUAUUUCUUUUAUGUUUAUUACGCAAUUUUAAGAACUUGGGUUUUUCUUUUUGAAAUUACGGUUUUUGAAUGAGGUCAUAGAUGGCUUUGUUUA